AUGCGGUUGUUGGCUGUUCUGGUGCUGUUGCUGAUGGGUUGCUGUUGCUGUUGCUGUUGCUGGUGUGUCUCCUACGUCUACUACGCCAGGGAUGAGCUAUUUCCUCACCAUCACGCUACAUACCAGAUACAUACAAUGCUCUAUAUUAUCGACUUGCUUGCCCGCUACUCUCUCUCCUCUCAGCUGUGCAGUUGCAAGAGGACGCAGACCACCAGCAAUCAUCUCGUCCAGCUAUCACACUGCGUCAGAGAUGCAUCCGUCAUCUGCCUGCAGGACCAACGAACAACCAUAAACAUCCUCUCGCUUUCUGCAUCCGCGCUCCGUGUUCAGCCAUCACCCGUUGCGAGGAUGAUCACCCACUGUCACAGUCUGCACCCGCACCCGCACCCGCGUUCAGCUAAACAGCCAGAUCUUCUACGAAAUGAAUGA